AUUAAUUUGACAGUCAGAGUUCGCUCGAUUUGACAUUUGUGUUAAAACGUGUGUAAUGUCCAGUUAUAAAGCAUAAAUUCGUCCAAUAACGUUCACGAUGAAUCUAAGGAAACACCAAGGCGACCCAAAUGAAGAUUCCUCAGAGUCGGGUGAUGAAAAUCAAAACAACGUGGAAUGCGCUCACAUCAACAAGGCCGUUGACUUACAAAGGGUGAAGAAGUCCUUGGUUCGUUCUGGCUUCCUCAUGGACUGUGAGGAAUGCAAAAAACUGCCUCCGGACAACGAUAUGGACUUCAUAGAGUACGACCAAUCUUUAUGGCUUUGCCUGAAAUGCGGGAACCAAGCAUGUGGCAGAGGUCGCAAUAAACAUGCACUCAAACAUUAUGACACCCCUCAUUCUGAUUCACACGCCCUUUGUGUGAAUACAACCAUCUGGAGCGUCUGGUGUUAUGAUUGUGAUGACGAGGUCAACGUUUCCUGCAAGAAAAAGCUGCAAGAGGCUGUCGAGUUCCUCAGGAAGCAGGCGGAAUCCAAUAAAAUCAAACAACAGCCUAGUACCACUAGUAUAGCAAGAGUAUUAGAUGAAUUGCCUGUGAUAACAACCACCACCUCCUCCACUAGCAGCAAUGCAGGAGCCAUCCCCAAGACAUUGCCUUUUUCCUCUUCAAAUAUCCCCAGAGCAAGAGGGUUGAGUAAUCUGGGCAACACAUGCUUCUUCAACUCAGUGAUGCAGUGCCUUGGUCAGACACCUUACUUGCUCCAAUUGCUGGAGGAGACAUCUGAGGAUGGCCAGUACUUCAGGUUGCCUGGUGGAAAAUUGACAUUGGAGGAUAAGGAAACUGUUGAUUUGCCACCACUUGAAGGUACUCUGGAAAAGUGGAAACCUCUUACUGGCGCUCUUGCUCAAACCCUGAAAGAACUCCAAAGCGGUAGAGCCGAAGUCUACAACCCACGCCUUCUCUUUUCCAAAUUGAGGACGAAAAUGCCUCAGUUUGGAGGAGGUGACCAACAUGAUUCUCACGAGCUGCUUAGGCAUCUGCUUGAAGCAGUAAGGGAAGAGGACUUGAGAAGAUACAAGACUGUUAUUCUCGAGAAAUUAGGUUUCAAUCUAAAAACAGAUCCGGCAACUGUGGAAGGCGACAAAAAGGCCAUCAUAAAAUUCUACGGGCAGCAGGCGUCCGAUUUACUUACACCUACUGAACAGGUAUUCAGAGGCGUGCUGGUCAGUACGUUGCAGUGCCAAGUGUGCGACCAUAUGUCACAUCGGGAAGAAUACUUUUUGGAUUUGAGUUUGCCGAUUUGCGAAAAACAGCUACCUCCAGUCUUGAGAAGGAAAGCAGAAGAUAUAGAGGAUAAACCUUCCAAACACCAGAUAAAGAAAGAAAAACGUGCCGAAAGAAAAAAGAACAAGAAGCAAAAAAGCAAUCAAAGCUUGUUAUUGAAUUCCAAUACCUCUUUAGUGGCGUGGACCGGCGAAGAAAUGGGCAACAAGUCUGAGAGUGAAUCUGAUGCUGAUAUCGAGGAUAAUGCUGAGGACUCAUCGAACAACAGCGCUCCCCGUUCCAACACCGUAGGCGUCCCCGGCGGUGAAGAAGCCCUGCCGAGCCCUCCUUCGAUCAGCACGAAAGGUUCUGAAUCGGGGUACAACUCGGACAAGGCCGAGGGGGGCGUAGGCCCAGGGCCGCAGGUAUUGGGAGACACGCCACCCGACGCGCGCGCAGUCUCCCCUUCGGCAGGGGACAGUGGCGUGCCGUCGCCGCAAGCGGGGGCUGCGUCUACGCCCGAGGAUAGGAGUCCCGACUCUAGUGAGACCAAUGUGGAUAUGGGGAGUCCGCAGGCGUGUUGUGGGAACAACAGUCCGAAUGAGGAUGUCUUCGAGGACUUUGACUUUGAAAGGCCACAAUCAAGGCUCGCUUUCGCUAACACUGAUCUCAAGAUGGACUUAGAAAAACUUAGUUUAUUGAAUGAUGGUGAUUCCUCCAAAGUCAACAGUUUGUUUCAUCAUGAAGAAAUGGACAGUGAUCUUAAAGGUGCUUGUGGUCCUGUGAUAACAGAAGAUGAAAAGAUGGAAGAAGACGAGUACAUGAUGGACAGCCCCUCAUGGCUCGGCACCAUGUCCGGCGGUCGGUAUCAAUGCGAAGAAGGGGAAUGUUCGAUUCAAUCCUGCCUGAACCAGUUCACAGAGUGCGAGUUAAUGGCCGGUAACAACCGGGUCAGUUGCGAAGUGUGUACCAAAAAAAGUGGUCAAGGCAAAACGGUGUACACGGACGCUAGCAAGCAGUUGCUCAUCUACAAUCCUCCAGCGGUGCUUAUUUUGCAUCUAAAGAGGUUCCAGGUUUUUCGACUCCGCUCAGCCAAAGUAUCAAAAUUCGUGAAAUUCACCACGCUGUUGGACCUUGCACCGUUCUGUUCGAAACGGUCGCAGAACCUGCCAACAUUCGAGGCUGGCCAAACUAGGGUAUUAUAUUCAUUGUACGGGGUGGUGGAACACAGCGGGUCUAUGCAUGGAGGUCACUACGUUUCUUAUAUUAAAGUACGACAACCUUUGGAUCAAAACAGUUAUAGGUGGCAGUACCUGCCAAAGAACCAAAAAGAGAAGCUAGACAACGCGACGAAAAGCGCUCCCAGCGAACCGACGGCACCUCCAGGCAAAUGGUACUACAUCAGCGACUCAUUCGUGAACGAAAUAGCAGAAUCGCAGGUGUUGGGCGUACAAGCUUAUUUAUUAUUUUACGAGAGGAUCCUGUAGUUAUUUCUAUUUAGGUUUAUUUAAUAAAUGUAACGAGGAUGUAGGUUUAUUUUAUCAAAUCGAACGUUUCUUCAAAUAAGUGAAUUAUUAUAAGGCGAUGGACAAAUUCCUGGAACAUUCUUAUACAAUUACGGGUAUUUAUUAGUCGGUCAGCGAAAAAAUGUAGGAAUGGAAAUGGCGAUUGUACCGGUUUGAGAAACUGUCGGCGCUGUUACUUUUUUCUCUUAAAUUGAUGAUUUGUUUUUGUGGGAUAUUUAAUGUCGCAUGUCCCUUUUUUCAACAGCCUGUCUGGAGGAGUAUUCUUAAUAUUUUCGUCUGAUUGGUUCAUUGUGUGUAUAGAGAUGAAUGAAAAACAAUAUUAUCGGUUUCUUUUUUGUCAAAAAAUGCAUUUUUGUGCAUUUUUUCUUCAACUGUAACUUGUUAACAAAUAAUAGUACAGCUCUAAAAUUGUAUGUGAAUAUUCCACUUUUAUGGAGGAAAUGAACCGGUGAUUACUUUUUUGUUAUCACAAUCUCUCUUCAAAAAAUCUUUGCUUGAAAACUCAAUCUGCUGUAAAAUGAGGUUUCAAGAAAAUCAAAGAUUUUUCGAAGAAAAAAGAAUUGAUUUGAAUAAAAGUAAUCACUUGCUCAAUUCUACUACAAAAGUGGAAAAGCUAUAUUUGUUAACAAGCUACGAUCGAAGAAAAAAUGAAUUUUUGACAAAAAAAAAAUUGAUAAUAUUGUUUUUUAGUCAUGUCUAUACAUACCAUGAAACAUUCAGAUGAAAAGGAUUUGGAAUACUACUCCAUACAGGCAGAUAAACAAAAAAAAAACGACAUGCGACCUUAACGGACAGCCCUAACCAUUCAGGUACUUUUUAAAAUUUGGUGGCGGUUAUACAUUUUUAGAAAAUGGUGAGUAUUUUUUAUAAACUUCUGCAUUGCACAAAGGAUUUAAAUUUUAACUUUUAUUUCAUAUUUUUUGUUGCGCAGUUUUUUGUGAUUUGGAAUUUUAAAGGUAUUUUCAUAACUUUUAAUAUUUACCGAGAAAAAUAUAUCGCUAUUGAACAAAUUAGAAAAUUAUGCGAUAAUAAUUGUACAUUUGGCGUAGAUAAUGCGGUUGUGCUUUAGUAUUUUCAAUGAAUAUAUUCCAAACUUACAGCUCAAGAAGAAAGGGUGUCCAUUUAAGAAAAAAAAAAUACAAACUUAAUGAAAAGAAAAAAGUAUUACUGUCAACAUAUUCUUAAACUCGGCGGGUUUUAUUUCUUAAAUAUCAUUCCGUCCAAAUGUUUGCCAUCACUCUUCUAAUCGCGGGCGCAAAUUCUGAAACACUUGCAGAGUUUAUUUCUCGUCGAAUGUUGUCUUUAAGCUCCUCCAGUGUUCAUGGAUUAUUGGAAUACACUUUCACAAUAAAUAAUCACAUGGCGUGAGGUCGGGUGACCUAGGAGGCCAGUGAAUGUUUCGAAACUUUUAUAUAACUGUUUGAGAAAAAAGUACUUUCACUGUGUCCAUCGAUUCUCUGAAAGUAUGGCAGUGGCCGGAUCCUUUUGAAACCAUGUUUUUCUGUUGAAUUGACGUUUCAACAUCCGUUCAGCACAAUAUUUCCUUAAUACGUUAUCACUUUCCUUUAAAGCACGGACUGAUUGGAUUUUAUAUGGAUGAUGCCAUGCAUUGUUGACCUAGGGAUUCCCGAAGCAGCGGGAUGCUUCCGAACAGAACGGCGAGGAUUUCCAAUGACCGAAUCACUCACCCGACGCACAUUUUAUUCGGUUGAUACAGUAGGUGUGGGGCCAGGAAUAGGUUGACUAAGAGUAGAGCCUGUUUCACGGAACCUCUUGAUCCACUUUUUCAAUAUGUUCUUACUUGGGGCAUCUCUUGGUCGGCGAAUGUUGUAUCGUAUACAAAAUUUAAGAAGGGUAGCUGCGUAUGAAUCACCACUCAAGUAAGUCUCGAUAGCAAAAGCACGUUGCGCCCUAGUCCAGCGUUCCAUUGCGACUAUUUAACCCGCACGCCGAACGCGUCGAUUAAGACCUCUUCCCACUUCCUCGCGUUUAGGUUGCCGCGUAAUUAAAGUUUGGAAUCUUAACUUUCCACUGUGAUACCAUCAUUAUUUUCCGCCCGCAUUUCUUUGCCUUUCAUUCUCUCGCUGGCCAGAUCUGUGGCAAUUUUUUUUUACAAAUGGGUGAUCCACAAGCAUACGGAAAAUAUAUCUAGAUACCUUUGGUGCUUUGGAUAAUUUUUGGAUAGCUUCCUUGAUUCGAAGAUACACGGCAAAAUAAAUGUUGAAGCGAUUGGUUCAAUAUCUUUAAGUUUUUUUUGCUAAAAAAUCCUCGUUUCUGGCUCAAAUGGAUCUAAAAUUUUCCAGGAAUUUGUCCGUAUCUAAAAAAGACUUUUGCAAAACUGCCCAAUAGAAAUUAAAUCUUAUAAGGUUCUUAACUUUCUCUUUGUACUUCAGUAAACUUUGUAUCAUGAAACUUAUCAUAGUAGGAACCAAAAUAAUAUUACAUUACAGUUAUUGUGAAACAGUUGCAGUUCUUAUAACAUAGAUUUUUUCAAAAUUCGUUUCUCCAUUUUUCAUGUUUAAAAGGAAUUAUUUUUAAAGUGAAACAGAAAUCAAGCACUAUUAUUUACAAAAUCUUGGUGAUAUCAUAUUCAGUUCUGUAUUUCCAAAAGUAGCUUACCAUGUUUUAACACAUACAUUACAAAAGCUUCAUAGUCAAAUAUUUAUUGCCAAAGGUUUAAUCACCAGACAUUCAAAUGCUACAGUUUGAAAACAAUUAUAUUUACUUGUAUCCUUUAUUCUGGAGUUCUCGAUGAUCUUACCUAAAACUUCAAAGUAAUAGGAGACGAUACACUUAAUUCUGAUACUGAACCCUUUUAUUAAAAAACAGUUGUCAAGAUAAUAGACUUUUAUAGAGUUUAUCUCGGUGAUUGAUAUGUUGAAAAGAUCCAAUCUGAUUUUUGUACAGUGCUAUCCAAGAUUUAUAGAAUCACGAACGAGAAUUUUUUUAUAGGUAAUAAUCCUAAGAUUCUAUGUUAAACAUCCAAUUUUGACAUAUUAUAUAUUUCCAUCAAUUUAAGGUAAAAUCGUGUAUAUUUAUUUACAGCUGUAUAAUUUUCUUCAAGCAAUUAUGUCCUCAAAU